AUGCGGUCCUCCGGCAACCCGUGGCCACGCUGGAUGGGUGUAAUGCAUGGGUAUGAGAUCGAGUACGUCUUCGGCCAGCCCUUCCGCCGUCCUAUGCUCUACGCCCCGGAAAAACUGGCGACCGAGCAAAAAUUUUCGGCGGCGGUGAUGCAGAUGUGGAUCGACUUCACGAAUACCGGAAUGCCAGCGUACUUCUGGCCAAAGUACAAUCGUGUGGAGAAAAAGGCGUUGGUGCUAUCAGAAGACUUGGCCGUUGGUGUGCAUCGGAUCACUGAAGAUGUUCACGGCGCGCAAUGCCGAUUGUUGGCCGAAGCGAAAAGUCUUGUUGGGCAGUUACCAAUCAACGGGGUCGAAUGCCGAUCCCGACGCACGGGCCCUCAAGCCGUCACCGCCUCUGCCAACCCCUAUAAUCUGCCCGUGUUCGAACGGGCCAAGAUGUCGGCCCUGAUGGGGCUGGGCGCUUGCGGCGUCUCGGUGCUCUUCUUCGGCUCCAUGUUCGUCCCGAUCAAGAAGUUUGAUGCUGGCGAUGGCCUCUUCGUGCAAUGGGUGAUGUCGGGCGCGAUCGUGUUGGUUGGCUGGAUCUGCUGGGGUCUCCGCUCGUUCCCCGGCUUCUACCCGCUAGCCAUCUUCGGUCUGUUCGGCAUGCAGGCGCACCCACCGGCUUCAUCGAUUCUCAACUAUUUGGGGCUCGCACUGGUGCUCACGGGUGGCUUCCUCUUCUCGCGUGUAAAAGGCAACGCUGAUGAGACGGAAGACGACACGGCUGGCAAACGGAUCACGCUUCAUCUUCAGGAUGAUCAUCAACUGGAAAACGUGGUAGCCCUGACGAACGGCGAGUGCGAGAAGCUGAAUGUCGGCGAUGGAUCGGACGAUGAGGAAAGCGGAAAGGAUAAAACGGCCGAAGAUACGACCAUCGAAGGCGUUGAGGCAAAGCGAAAGGCAUCUGGCCGUGGCCUUGGCAUCGUCCUUGCUCUAAUCUCCGGCUGCUUCUACGGGCUGACGUUCGUGCCAGUGAUCUACAUGCAAGACAACCUGGACAAGUUCCCGGGGGCUCCUGUUGACGGGCUGAGCUACGUCUUCUCGCACUAUUUUGGAAUCUUCAUCUCUGGCACUGCACUGUUUCUCGGAUACGCGAUUUUCAAGAAAAACAAGCCAAUAAUCAACCCGGAAAUCACGCUGCCCUCUUUUGCCGGCGGACUGAUGUGGGCGAUCGCGCAAUCAUCAUUCUUCAUCGCGAAUGACAACCUGUCACAGGCGGUCACGUUCCCGAUCAUCACCACCCUGCCCGGCUGCGUCGCGUCGUUGUGGAGCAUUCUGUACUUCAGGGAAAUCAAGGGCCAACGCAACUUGACGACGAUGGCCAUCGCCAUUGCUGUCACCCUGACUGGGGCCAGCCUCGUUGGACUAUCGAAAAUCGUCAAUUUA